AUGAAAAGACAAUAUUCGAAAGGUUCAAAUCAUUUGAAUUAUUUAUUCAAAGAAUUUUCUCAACGUAUUAAUAAAAACUAUUUCUUCUGUGUUCAAUCUCAUAAACAUGGUAAUAUAAAAUUAGAACGUAUUCAUAAUUAUUGUGAAAAACACGGAUUUAUAUUGAAUCAUUCAACAAUUCAAAUGAUUCAAAAAUCUUUUGCAAAUAUGAUUACAUCAGCAUAUGAUUAUGGGAUUGAACAAAAGAAUUCAAAUGAAAAAAUAACUGAUAUAAAACUACAAUUAACACAUGUUAAUGCAUUACCUAGUCGAACUGAACAAGGAAUUUUUAUUAUCAUUGAAUUAGGAAAUCUUAUAGAAGAUAUUAGAUACAGUCUUAUAUCAUUACUUGGAAAACAAAUACCAUCUUAUGAUAUAUUACAUAGUAGAGGUUAUAAUCUACCAGAGGAAAUACGAAAGAGUCAUGGUUUUAUAUUGUUGAAUCAUUUAGCUAUGGGAUUAAAAGAUUUUCUUGAAGAAAUUCCGUUCAAUGAAAAACUUCCUCAAUCACUUCAGCUUGGUUUUUUACUUCAUUUUCCUAUGAAACAAAAUGAACUUAAUUAUGCUGAAAUAUUAUCUUGGUCAGAUCGUUUCAAUUGCCCAGAUUUACUUAAUCAAGAUUUUAUUAUUCUUUUUCAACAAUCUAUCGACCAAUAUAUAUCGUAUUAUCAUAUUAAUAUAAUAGCAUGUACACAAGAAAGUGUCGCUGCAUUAAUAUCCGUUGCAUUCGAAUAUCCAAAUACAUUAAUUUCAAUUAUAUUUAAACAUACAUUUCAAUUAUCAUUUGUUGAAGAUACAGAAAAUUUACGUUCAAAAAAUCUUUUUCAACCAAAACAAUUACAUGAAUUUUAUCAAACAAUUCUUUCGUUUAAUUUUCAAUUUAUUCAUUCAAAUAAAUCUCUUAAAAGUCAUGCAUUAUUUCAAACUUUACUAACAUCUAUUGAUACAUAUGUUAUGUAUAAAUUAAAUGUGAAUUAUUUUGAUAUAUUUACAUGUGAUUCAUGUUUACUUGAAAUAAUUCGUAUAUUAAUACUUGAAUUAUGUAUACAUGAACAAUUAUUACCAUAUUCAUUAUGGUCGAAAUCAAAAUUAAAUUAUCAUGGGUCAUUAUCUUUAAAAUUUCUUUCCUAUCUUUUACAAGGUAAAUAUUCAAAAUUAAAAAUCUAUUUAAAUAAAUUAGGUUUAAAACAAAUUAAAAAAUUACAACUUAUUCAUAUGGAAUAUAUAUGUCAUAUUAUAAUUCGACGUUCAACACAAAUUCUUUCUUGUUUAAUUGUUUGUUUAUCUGAUCGUUGUAAUGAAGAAAAUUUAACAAUUGCUAUUGAUAGUUAUCUUUAUCGUUUAUGUCCAAUUUAUCAAAUAUAUAUGCAAAAUGAAAUUGAAUAUUUAUGUAAACGAUGGAUAACAAUGUUUCAUUUUGUUAAUGCAACAAAUAUAUCUUGUGUAAUUAGGAAAGAAAAAAGGAAAGCAAAUUUAGAUCUAUAUCUAAGUAGUUAUGUAUUUGAAUUUUUUACAAACUACUAA